AUGGGGUCGCAGGUGUUGCAGAUCCUGCGCCAGGGGGUGUGGGCCUCGCUUACCGGCGGUUGGUUCUUCGACCCGCACCAGAGCACCUUCUCCAACUGCUUCCACCUCUAUGUCUGGAUCUUCUUGCUCACCUUCCCGUUCUUGCUGUACAUGGUCCUGCCCCCCAGCCUCUUGGUAGCUGGUGUUUACUGCCUGGUGGUGGCUGUCAUUUUUACAACUAUCAAGACGGUGAACUAUCGGUUACAUGCUAUGUUCGACCAGGGUGAGAUCGUGGAAAAGCGCCACUCUCCCAUGGGAGAGCCUGAGGAAGAGCCUGCCCAGGGGGACAGCAAUCCUCCCAGGGACCCAGGAGUAGAGAUGACGGUGUUCCGGAAAGUGAGUUCCACACCCCCAGUCCGCUGUAGCUCCCAGCAUUCCGUGUUUGGCUUCAACCAGGUUUCAGAAUUGCUGCCCCGGAUGGAGGACUCGGGACCCCUCAGAGACAUCAAGGAGCUGGUGCGGGAGCAGGGUAGCAACAACGUGAUCGUGACCUCAGCCGACCGGGAGAUGCUGAAGCUCAGCUCACAGGAGAAACUGAUUGGAGACCUUCCCCAGACGCCCCUGAGAGCUGCCCCAGAUCCUUCCCUCCCCAGUACGGACUCUUCAGAACGUUCUCCCCUGGCUGGUGAUGGAGCCCCCUGGAGUGGGAGCAACGUGACUGAUACUCCCAUGAGCCCUUUGUUGAAGGGAAGCCUCAGUCAGGAGCUGAGCAAGAGCUUUUUAACCCUGACGAGGCCUGACCGGGCCCUGGUGAGGACCAGCAGUCGGCGGGAACAGCGCUGGGGCACCAGUGGCUACCAGCCCCUGGACCGACGGGGCUCUGGUGAGCCCACACCCCAGAAAGCCGGCUCUUCAGAUUCAUGUUUUAGUGGCACUGACAGGGAGACACUGAGCAGCUUCAAGAGUGAAAAGACCAACUCCACCCACCUGGACAGCCCCCCAGGGGGCCCAGCUGCUGAAGGCAGUGACACAGACCCCCCCUCAGAGACUGAGCUGCCAGCCUCCCCUGAUGCUGGGGUCCCCUCGGAUGACACCCUGCGUUCCUUCGACACAGUCAUUGGAGCAGGGACACCACCUGGCCUGGCUGAGCCACUCUUGGUUGUGCGGCCCAAGGAUCUGGCCCUGCUUCGGCCUAGCAAACGGCGGCCUCCCACACGGAGACAUUCUCCACCCAGCCGAGCUCGCAGGACCCUGCUGGAGGGCGGGGGCUUCUUUGAGGAUGAGGACACCAGUGAGGGGAGCGAGCUGAGCCCAGCCUCCAGUCUCCGCUCACAGCACCGUUAUAGUACCGACAGCUCCUCAUCCACUUCCUGCUGUUCUCCCGAGAGCUCUCGGGGUGCAGUGGGCGGGGCCCGGAAGCGGCGGGCCCCCCAUGGUACUGAGGAUGGGGCCGCUGUGCCCCCCAAGCGGCCCUAUGGGACCCAGAGGACUCCUAGUACCGCCAGCGCCAAAACACAUGCUCGGGUGCUGAGCAUGGAUGGGGCAGGGGGUGACGUCCUCAGGGGCCCCCUGGCUGGCUCUAAGGCUGAGCUGGAAGCCCAGACUGGGGCAGACCUGGCAGCUGGUGUGCUGGCGAUACUGCCCGCUGAAACCCGCAGGGGGCCUGCUGCCAACCAGCCGGGCUGGCGCGGGGAGCUGCAGGAGGAAGGCGCUGUCGGGGGAGCAGCGGAGGAAACUGGCAAGAGGGACGGCUCAAGCAACGUGAGGCGGACCCAGGCAAUCCGCAGACGCCACAAUGCAGGCAGUAACCCCACGCCCCCGGCCUCUGUCAUGGGCUCACCACCCAGCAGCCUACAGGAAGCCCAACGGGGCCGGGCGGCCUCUCACUCUCGGGCGUUGACGUUGCCGUCUGCUCUGCACUUCGCCUCCUCACUGUUGCUCACCCGAGUUGGUGCCAACGUACAUGAGGCCUGCACCUUCGAUGACACCUCUGAAGGGGCUGUGCACUACUUCUAUGAUGAGAGUGGUGUGCGACGAUCCUAUACCUUUGGUCUGGCUGGAGGAGGCUACGAGAACCCCGUAGGGCAGCAGGGCGAGCAGGCAGCCAACGGAGCCUGGGACCGCCACUCACACUCCUCCAGCUUCCACUCGGCCGAUGUCCCUGAGGCCUCAGGUGGCCUGAACCUGCUGCAGUCCCGGCCUGUAGUGCUGCAGGGCAUGCAGGUGCGGCGAGUGCCGCUAGAGAUCCCAGAGGAGCAGACGCUGAUGGAGGAGGCGCCGCCCCGUGCUCAGCACAGCUACAAAUACUGGCUUCUCCCUGGCCGCUGGACCUCUGUGCGCUACGAGCGGCUGGCCCUUCUGGCCCUGUUGGACCGGACGAGGGGGAUGGUGGAAAACAUCUUUGGCGUCGGACUGAGCAGCCUCGUCGCCUUCCUGGGCUACCUGCUGCUGCUCAAGGGCUUCUUCAGGGACAUUUGGGUCUUCCAGUUCUGCCUGGUCAUUGCCUCCUGCCAGUACUCGCUUCUGAAGAGCGUCCAGCCUGAUGCUGCAUCUCCCAUGCAUGGCCACAACUGGGUGAUCGCGUACAGCCGACCUGUCUACUUCUGUGUCUGUUGUCUGCUCAUCUGGCUGCUGGAUGCACUGGGCUCGGCCCAGCCCUUCCCUCCCAUCUCCCUCUACGGUCUCACACUCUUCUCCGCCUCCUUCUUCUUCUGUGCCCGUGAUGUGGCCACUGUGUUCACCUUGUGCUUCCCGUUUGUCUUCCUUCUGGGCCUCCUGCCCCAGGUCAACACCUGUCUCAUGUACCUGCUGGAACAGAUAGAUAUGCACGGCUUUGGGGGCACAGCUGCUACCAGUCCGCUCACCGCCGUCUUCAGCCUCUCCCGCAGCUUGCUGGCUGCCUCCCUGCUCUAUGGCUUCUGCCUAGGAGCCAUCAAGACGCCUUGGCCGGAGCAGCACGUCCCCGUCCUCUUCUCGGUCUUCUGUGGUCUCCUGGUGGCGCUGUCCUACCACCUGAGCCGGCAGAGCAGCGACCCCACUGUGCUCUGGUCUCUGAUCCGGAGCAAGCUCUUCCCUGAGCUGGAGGAGCGGAGCUUGGAAACGGCACGGGCUGAGCCACCAGACCCGCUGCCAGAAAAGAUGCGCCAGUCGGUGCGCGAGGUCCUACAUUCCGACCUGGUGAUGUGUGCGGUGAUCGCCUUGCUCACCUUCGCUAUCAGUGCCAGCACUGUUUUCAUCGCCCUGAAGUCGGUGCUGGGGUUCGUGCUGUAUGCGCUGGCUGGGGCUGUGGGCUUCUUCACACAUUAUCUGCUGCCGCAACUCCGCAAGCAGCUGCCUUGGUUCUGCCUCUCGCAGCCUGUGCUGAAGCCACUGGAGUAUAGCCAGUACGAAGUGCGCGGCGCAGCCCAGGUGAUGUGGUUUGAAAAGCUGUAUGCCGGCCUGCAGUGCGUGGAGAAGUACCUCAUCUACCCAGCCGUGGUGCUCAACGCCCUCACAGUGGACGCCCACACAGUUGUCAGCCACCCAGACAAGUUCUGCCUUUACUGUCGGGCAUUGCUGAUGACCGUGGCUGGGCUGAAGCUGCUGCGCUCGGCCUUCUGCUGCCCGCCCCAGCAGUACCUGACCUUGGCCUUCACCGUGUUGCUUUUCCACUUUGAUUACCCACGCCUCUCCCAGGGCUUUCUGCUCGAUUACUUCCUCAUGUCCCUGCUCUGCAGCAAGCUGUGGGACCUGCUAUACAAGUUGCGUUUCGUGCUGACCUACAUCGCACCCUGGCAGAUCACCUGGGGCUCGGCCUUCCAUGCUUUUGCCCAGCCUUUCGCUGUGCCACACUCGGCCAUGCUGUUCGUCCAGGCCCUGCUCUCUGCUCUUUUCUCCACGCCGCUGAACCCGCUGCUGGGCAGUGCUGUCUUCCUCAUGUCCUAUGCGCGGCCCCUCAAGUUCUGGGAGCGUGACUACAAUACUAAACGUGUGGACCAUUCCAACACCCGCCUGGUCACACAGCUGGACCGGAACCCCGGCGCAGAUGACAACAACCUGAACUCCAUCUUCUAUGAGCACUUGGCACGCUCGCUACAGCACACACUGUGUGGGGACCUGGUGCUGGGCCGUUGGGGCAACUACGGCCCUGGUGACUGCUUCGUCCUGGCCUCCGACUACCUCAAUGCCCUGGUGCACCUCAUCGAGGUCGGCAACGGUCUUGUCACCUUCCAGCUGCGUGGCCUGGAGUUUCGAGGCACGUACUGCCAGCAGCGAGAGGUGGAGGCCAUCACAGAGGGCGUGGAGGAAGACGGCGGCUGCUGCUGUUGCGAGCCAGGUCACCUGCCACGGGUCCUGUCCUUCAAUGCCGCCUUUGGGCAGCGCUGGCUGGCCUGGGAGGUGACGGCCAGCAAGUAUGUGCUGGAGGGUUACAGCAUCAGUGACAACAACGCUGCCUCCAUGCUGCAGAUCUUUGACCUCCGCAAGAUCCUCAUCACCUACUACGUCAAGAGCAUCAUCUACUACGUGAGCCGCUCCCCAAAGCUAGAGGCAUGGCUGAGCCACGAGGGCAUCACAUCAGCCUUGCGUCCUGUGCGGGCGCCUGGCUACGCCGACUCGGACCCCACCUUCUCGCUGAGCGUGGAUGAGGACUAUGACCUCCGGCUCUCGGGCCUCUCACUGCCCUCCUUCUGCGCGGUCCACCUUGAAUGGAUCCAGCACUGCGCCUCCCGGCGUGGCCAGCCCAUGGACCAGGAUUGGAACUCGCCGCUGGUCACGCUGUGUUUUGGCCUGUGUGUGCUGGGCCGCCGGGCCCUGGGGACGGCCUCACAUAGCAUGUCUGCUAGUCUGGAGCCCUUCCUCUAUGGCCUGCAUGCCUUGUUCAAAGGGGACUUCCGCAUCACCUCCCCACGAGAUGAGUGGGUCUUUGCCGAUAUGGACCUGCUUCACCGUGUGGUGGCGCCUGGAGUUCGAAUGGCACUCAAGCUACACCAGGACCACUUCACGUCCCCAGAUGAGUAUGAGGAGCCGGCCGCCCUGUAUGAUGCCAUUGCGGCCAAUGAGGAGCGGUUGGUCAUCUCACAUGAGGGCGACCCGGCUUGGCGCAGCGCCAUCCUAAGCAACACACCCUCCCUGCUGGCGCUACGUCACGUCAUGGACGAUGCCUCCGACGAGUAUAAAAUCAUCAUGCUCAACCGGCGCCACCUCAGCUUCCGGGUCAUCAAGGUGAACCGUGAGUGCGUGCGUGGUCUGUGGGCAGGGCAGCAGCAGGAGUUGGUGUUUCUGCGCAAUCGCAAUCCUGAACGAGGCAGUAUCCAGAACGCCAAGCAGGCGCUCCGCAACAUGAUCAACUCCUCCUGCGACCAGCCGCUGGGCUACCCCAUCUACGUGUCACCCCUUACCACCUCGCUGGCUGGCAGCCACCCCCAGCUGCGGGCACUGUGGGGUGGCCCGGUCAGCCUGGGCGCCAUCGCCCGCUGGCUCCUGCACAGCUGGGAGAGGCUUCAUAAGGGCUGUGGUGCUGGUUGUAAUAGUGGUGGGAACGUGGAUGACUCGGACUGUGGUGGGGGUGGCAGCAGUGGCUUGACCUCCCUCAGCAAUAACCCCCCCUUGGCACAUCCCACGCCUGAGAACACAGCAGGCGGUGGUGACCAACCCCUCCCGCCAGGCCCUGGAUGGGGGCCCCGGCCUUCCCUGACUGGCUCUGGUGAUGGGCGCCCCCCUGCUCUGCUGCAAUGGCCACCCCCUCGGCUCCCUGGACCACCCCCUGCCUCGCCUGCCCCCGCUGAGGGUCCCCGGCCCUCACGGCCCCCUGUCCCUAGUCUCCUCAGUUCUGAGGGCCCCAGUGGGAAGUGGAGCCUGGGGGGUCGGAAGGGGUUUGGGGGACCUGAGGGAGAGCCAGCCUCAGGGAGCCCCAAAGGAGGCACCCCCAAAUCUCAGGCGUCCCUGGACCUCAGCCUUCCCCCAGACGUCAGCACGGACACCCCCCCCCUCAGAGCAGCUCAGGACAGUCCCUGCUUGGACAGCAGUGCCCCUGAGAAUGGCACCCUCACGGGGGCCCCAGGCGACUGGCCUGCCCCCACCGAGGAACGAGAGAGCCCUGCUGCCCAGCCCUUGCUGGGGCAUCAGUACUGA